AUGGCUAUCCGCCUCUUUUCCAUCAUGGCGUUCUUUGCGAUAGUCGUUCUAGAGCCGAUUAAUAUGAGCUUCCGAGGCAACGAAACCUGGCUCAAUCCAAACAGGCCAGAGCACGACAGACUCGACCAGUACCUAUUUGCUCCAUCACGAGCAUUGUAUGGAAACGGCUUCGACGUGUUCAAAGAUGACGACGAAGACAAGAGCAGCGAGAGACCGUACUUGUGGGCAUACGUCGUCUUUACAUAUUUUUUUGUAGCCAUUACGCUGUAUUCCAUCAACUGGGAGACAUUUCGCAUCAUCGACCUCAGACAAAAGUAUCUGGGCUCGCAGUCGACAGUAACAGAUCGGACAUUCCGUCUGACGGGUAUACCAAUCAAGCACAGGUCUGAAGACAAGCUGAAAGCCCUGAUUGACAAGCUUGACAUCGGCCUCGUGGACUCCGUCACGCUGUGCAGGAACUGGAAGUAUCUCGAUGAGUUGGUUCGGCAUCGAGACUUGGUGCUGCGCAAGCUGGAAGUUUCCUGGGCCAAAUACAUUAGAAUGCGACAUGCGUCAACUCAACAUAGCGAUGCGACCCAGACGCAGGAAUCGGGUGAUGACACAGGCGGCCAAGUCUACGGCGUAAAUGGCGACGAGGACUCUGCCGAGAAUGCCCGGCUCCUUUCCACCCAGCAGGACCAGCCGCAUAUUUUUGGAGGCGACCGACCUCAGGUGUCCAUUCGAUACGGUCCACUGCGCCUGCGAAGCCGCAAGGUUGAUGCCAUCGACUACUACGAGGAGAAGCUGCGCCGACUCGACGAGCAGAUCGUCGAAGCCCGCAGGAAGGAAUACGAGCCCGUGGACAUGGCCCUUGUCACUGUGGAUUCGGUCGCAUCCUGUCAGAUGAUUAUCCAGGCCAGAAUAGAUCCUCGGCCUGGUAGGUUUUUGACCAAGCCAACCCCCUCGCCUUCCGACUUGGUAUGGAAGAACACCUACGCCUUGCGCGGCCUCCGUCGACUCAAGGCAUGGGUCAUUACGCUCUUCAUCACGGUCCUGACCCUCGUCUGGAUAUUUCCCACCGCUUUCCUGGCGUCCUUGUUAAGCAUAUGCACCAUUAACCAGUUCUUGUUCAAAUUCGCCGCGUGGCUGGGCGACCACACAGUCAUCAGGUCAUUCAUCCAAAACAGCGCACCGACAUUGAUUGUCUCGUUGCUCAACGUUUCCGUCCCCUAUCUCUAUGACUGGCUCUCAAACCACCAGGGUAUGGUGUCCCAGGGAGACGUGGAGCUGUCUGUCAUCUCCAAAAACUUCUUCUUCACCUUCUUCAACACCUUCUUUGUGUUUGCGGUUUCGAGAACCGGAUUCGAAUUCUUCAACGUGCUGAGACGUUUUCUCAAGGACACGAGCCUGAUACCCCGGAUCAUUGCGCGCGACGUGGAGGAUCUUUCACUGUUCUACACCUCCUUCAUCAUCCUGCAGGGGAUCGGCCUCAUGCCCUUUCGGAUACUGGAAGUCGGAAGCGUCUUUCUCUUUCCAAUAUCUCGGUGGCUCUCUUCCACGCCCCGGGACUUUGCCGAAUUACAGCAGCCUCCCAAGUUUCAGUAUGGCUUUUACCUACCGACUGCGCUGCUCGUGUUCAACCUGUGCGUCAUCUACAGUGUUUUGCUAAACGGAGAAAUAAUUCUCAUCUUUGGCACAAUUUACUUUGCGCUGGGGUACUUUGCAUUCAAGUACAUGCUGCUGUAUGCCAUGGAUCAACCCCAACAUGCUACCGGCGGCGCGUGGCGUAUAAUCUGCUACCGCAUAGUCAUCGGUCUUCUGGUUUUUGAGACGGUCAUGGUGGGACAAAUUGCCUCCUCCAGGGCCUUUGUGCAGUCCGUUGCAGUCUUGCCGCUUCUCCCAUUUACGGUCUGGUAUAGUUACUACUUUAACCGACGAUUUGAGCCUCUGACAAGAGUGAUUGCGCUACGAGCGAUUCGAGAUGGGGGAGAGGAAAGUGGUCAGGACCAGCAAGCGGUGGAGGAAGAUGAGGCUUCGGACGAUGACGUUCCUCACUUUGAGCGUCAAAUCCUGAGAAGAGGAAGUACUCUGGAUGAGUUCAAAGAGAGAGGGUUGACCUUUGUGAAUCCAAGUCUAGUUACUCCGUUACAACUGCCAUGGAUCUACCGUGAUCCCCCCCCGCCACCGGAUGAUGACGUCACGACGGAGGGUGGUCGUUCGUCCCAGGGCCGUCCUACUUUGAUCCUGCCGAACGCAGACAGUUCGUUGGGUAUUGGAGAAGACAAUGUAUGGAUAGACAACAACGACACACAACGACGGUGA